AUGGCGGCGACCACGCGAGCUCUUCGCCAGGCCAGCAGCCUUUUGCUGCGCGACUGCGCACCUGUCCCCCGACUCUCUGCACGGUCAUUCUCUACUCGAACACCCUCUCUCGCUGUCCGACAACACCUGGUAAACCCAAGAACACCCUCGUGGCAGCAAGUCAAGAGAUUCACAAGGUCCACAAAACGUCGUGCUCUGGUACAAGAGGCCCCUCGCCCCGAGGCCUACCUGGAAAGUGGUGCUAUUGACUAUGGGAAGAACCUGGUCGACGUCAAGAAGGUCAUAGUCAUUGGCAGCGGUGGUUUGAGUAUAGGACAGGCAGGAGAGUUUGACUAUUCUGCUGCAAUAGGGUCACAAGCGUUGAAAGCUCUCAAAGAAGCCGGCGUCAAGUCCAUCCUCAUUAAUCCUAACAUUGCGACCAUACAAACCGAUCACAAGCUCGCCGACGAGGUCUACUACCUUCCAGUCACCCCCGAAUAUGUGACAUAUGUCAUCGAGAGAGAAAAGCCGGAUGGCAUUCUGCUCACGUUUGGAGGCCAGACCGGCCUCAAUCUGGGUGUCAAAAUGAAUAAGAUGGGUAUAUUUGACCGCUAUGGCGUCAAGGUGCUGGGCACAAGCAUCAAGACCCUCGAGACCAGCGAAGAUCGGGACCUGUUUGCAAAAGCCCUCAACGAGAUCAAUAUUCCCAUUGCUGAGUCUAUCGCUGUUGGCACCGUCGAGGAAGCUCUUGACGCCGCUGAAAAGGUUGGGUACCCGAUCAUCGUCCGCUCAGCCUACGCACUUGGCGGCCUGGGAUCAGGUUUUGCAAACAACCCCGAGGAGCUCAGCAACCUGUCAUCCCGAUCUCUCUCUCUGUCGCCCCAGAUCUUAGUCGAGAAGUCCCUGAAAGGCUGGAAAGAAGUUGAGUACGAAGUGGUCCGCGAUGCCGAGGACAAUUGUAUCACUGUCUGCAAUAUGGAGAACUUUGACCCCCUGGGCAUUCAUACCGGAGACAGCAUUGUCGUCGCGCCUAGCCAGACCCUGAGUGAUGAGGAGUAUCACAUGCUGCGGACAGCGGCGAUCAAAAUCGUCCGUCAUUUGGGGGUGGUCGGUGAAUGCAAUGUUCAAUACGCACUGCAACCCGACGGUCUCGACUAUCGCGUUAUUGAAGUAAAUGCUCGUCUUUCCCGAUCAUCGGCGCUCGCAUCCAAGGCAACCGGCUAUCCUUUGGCGUAUACAGCUGCAAAAAUCGGUCUGGGCCACACCCUCCCCGAACUGCCCAACGCCGUAACCAAGACGACCACCGCCAACUUCGAGCCGAGCUUGGAUUAUAUCGUCGUCAAGAUCCCUCGUUGGGAUCUGUCAAAGUUCCAACAUGUGAAGCGUGACAUUGGCAGUGCCAUGAAAUCCGUGGGAGAAGUCAUGGCCAUCGGUCGCACAUUUGAAGAGUCCUUCCAGAAAGCCAUUCGACAAGUCGAUCCCCGAUAUGUGGGAUUCCAGGGUGACAAAUUCGACGACCUCGACGAUGUUCUUCGCAACCCUACCGACCGAAGGUGGCUGGCUGUUGGGCAAGCCAUGAUCCACGAGAACUAUUCAGUGGACAAGAUUCACGACCUGACCAAAAUUGAUAAGUGGUUCCUCUACAAGCUGCAGAACCUCAAAGACACAAUGACAGAGAUCCAAGAGAUUGGUUCUCUUAACGGCAUCAAGCACGAGCUGCUGUUGAAGGCGAAGAAACAAGGCUUUUCUGAUAAGCAAAUCGCCAUGUACGUCAAAUCUACUGAAGGAGAAGUCCGAGCCCGUCGACAGAAAUUCGGUAUUCGACCAUGGGUGAAGAAGAUCGAUACGCUUGCAGCCGAGUUCCCCGCCGAUACCAACUACUUGUACACAACGUACAAUGCAUCAUCUCACGACGUCACCUUUGAAGACAACGGAACCAUCAUUCUUGGAUCUGGAGUCUACCGGAUAGGGUCUUCGGUCGAAUUCGAUUGGUGCGCUGUUAACGCAACGCUGUCUCUGCGCAAUAUGGGCCAGAAGACUGUCAUGAUCAAUCAAGCCAAUGGCGUCGGAAAGACUCUGAAAGAAAAGACUUUCUACUGUACCCGCUGUGAUAUCUCCUUUGGCACCAAACAUCUAUUGCAGGACCAUGAAAACACUGCCAAACACAAGCAAAAACUCAAGGAAUCGAGGAACCCCUUCACAUGCUCUCCACGCGACCUUGGCUUCCACAACAAGGGUAACUUGACUCGUCAUCAACUGUCUGACAGGCAUCAUAAAGCUGUGGCUGCUGCCGUUGUCGUGUCUUCGCCGGCGCCGCCGCGUCCUGGGCUCUUGUACAACCCGGAGACAUUUAGCACUGAUUUCGACACUGCCGACAAGCUGUACUUUGAAGAGUUGUCGUAUGAACGGGUGAUGGAUAUCUACGAACUCGAGAAUGCUUCGGGCGUGGUUGUCAGCGUGGGAGGUCAACUUCCGCAGAAUAUCGCGCUGAGGCUACAAGAAGAAGGCAAGGCGCACGUGCUUGGCACUAAUCCCGUUGAUAUCGACAAGGCCGAAGAUCGCCACAAGUUCUCGCAAAUCCUCGACUCGAUCGGGGUGGAUCAACCCGCGUGGAAAGAGUUGACUUCGGUUGCAGAUGCCGAGUCCUUUGCUGACUCUGUGGGUUAUCCUGUCCUCGUCCGACCGUCGUAUGUUCUAUCCGGUGCUGCCAUGUCCGUCAUCUACACGCACGAAGAGCUGAAGGACAAGUUGGAAUCGGCCUCGGCGGUCUCUCCCGACCAUCCCGUGGUGAUUACUAAAUUCAUCGAGGGUGCUCAGGAAAUUGACGUGGAUGCUGUCGCAUCAAAAGGAGAACUCAUUCUGCACGCUGUGUCUGAACACGUCGAACCCGCAGGUGUUCACUCCGGAGACGCCACUCUAGUUCUGCCUCCGGCCAAUCUUGACGAGAAGGUGAUGGCUCGUGUCAAGGAGAUUGCGCAAAAGGUCGCCAAGGCCUGGAACAUUACCGGGCCAUUCAACAUGCAAAUCAUCAAGGCAGACGCACCCGGCGAAGAACCUGCUCUCAAGGUCAUUGAAUGCAAUCUCCGUGCUUCACGGUCAUUCCCUUUUGUUAGUAAAGUGCUUGGGACCAAUUUUAUUGACGUUGCGACCAAAGCAUUGGUUGAUCAGGAUGUCCCCGAACCCCAAGAUCUCAUGGCCGAGAAGCGUGACUACCUGGCUACCAAAGUUCCACAAUUUUCGUGGACUCGGCUGGCGGGUGCUGACCCCUUCCUGGGUGUUGAGAUGAGCAGUACCGGUGAGAUUGCGUGCUUUGGAAAGGACCUGAUCGAGGCGUACUGGGCAUCGCUCCAGUCAACCAUGAACUUCCGUAUGCCUGAGCCUGGCGAGGGAAUCCUGCUUGGUGGAUCCACUGAGCUUCCAGAGCUCCCCAAGAUUGUUGAGUAUCUUCAACCCCUUGGCUACAAGUUCUAUGCGGCAAACCAGAACGUCAAGGAGCAUUUGGAGAGGUCCGGCGCAUCGGUCGAGGUGAUUGAGUUCCCGACCACGGACAAGAACGCGCUACGACAAGUGUUCCAGAAGUACGACAUUAGGGGGGUUUUCAACCUGGCAAAGACUCGAGGCAAGACGCUCGUGGACGAGGAUUAUGUGAUGAGAAGGAACGCCGUGGACUUUGGCGUCCCUCUGUUCAUGGAACCCAAGGUAUGGACAACCCCGUCAUUGUAA